AUGGGAACGGAAAUUUUGCUACCACGGGAUUGUUUGCAUGAACGAAUCAGAGUUCCUCCGACGAGUUUUUUCCGGCGAAGAACUUAUGGAAAUUGCCAUAAUCAAUAUAACAAUUAUGGUAAUAAUUUUUAUGGCGUAAAAAACUCCGGGAGGAUUAACGUUAACCGGAGACCGGUUAAUCGACCGGAGCAGAGAAAACGGGUUGCGGUGCCGGAGAGAAGACCUAGUUACGAUGAUUUGAAGGUGACGACGGAGAGAAGACCUAGCUACGAUGAUUUGAAGAUGGCGAAAGGUAGUGAAUUGGUGAUGGAGAAGGUGAUGAUUCUCAGAAGAGGCGAAUCGCUUGAUUCGAAGAUGAACAAAGAGGGUUUGAAGAAGAAAGGUGAUAAUUUGGUUGUCAUCGGAACACAGAGACUCGGACCCGACCCGAAUAUGGUUCCUACACAGAUACGGAUCGUUGAUUUCAAGACCGGUUGCGAAGUUUACGCCGGAUCCGCGUUCUCGAUGUCUCCGUCGCCGAGCGCUCUUCCAAUUCCGUCUUUUCAAAGUAAGUUUUCGCCGGUGGCCGUCGACGACUCCGCAACGCGGGAUCUGAGACGUCUCCUUCGUAUUGCAUGA